AUGGUGAACUGUACUGGAAAGGAGAAGUUCUGCUUUGAUGUGCUCUCACGCUCAAAAGCUGAUGGAGAAGUCAAAGACAUAAUUAUGAAGGGCUGCACUAUCAAGUCUACCUGUGUCACAAUGAACAGAGGCAUACCUCCCAUUUUGGAAGAAAAAGAUACUACCAUCGUAAAUGCCAGGUGUACCCCAGAUCCUUCUAGGGGAUCUCAAUCCUCUGGGCUCUACCUGCCAAUCUUCUCUGGGCUCCUGUUCCUGAAGAUCCCCUGCCUCCUUCUUUUCCUUCUUCCAGGUGCUUCUUUAGAGUGUGAGAUUUGUUCAAGCGAUGGCAUCCACUGUACCGGACCUAAGAAAACCUGCCCUCUGGGGAAAAACACCUGCAUGACCGCAUACACUGAAAAUACUGUGGACGGAAAAACUGAACAUACUAUAGAGAAAGACUGUGCAACUGCUGACAUCUGUACCAGUUCCGCCAUUGAGUUGUACUUUGGACCUGGAAGAGCCAUGAGGACAAUUGUGUACUGCUGCAUCGAAGGUUUAUGCAAAAAAAUUGAAUCCAAAUUUCCACCAAUUGAAACCAGAAUGAACGGAAAGCAGUGCCCUGCCUGCCAUGUGUGGUCAGACACGUGCAAAGAAGAGAUGGUGAACUGUACAGGACACAACGUGUACUGCUUUGACGUUUCUUCGCAUUCACAUGCCGCAACUAACAGUGUGGACAGAACCAUGAAAGGCUGUACUACUAAGUCUGUCUGUUCCUCAAUAAGAAGUGGCCGCAGUCCCAUUUUGCAACAUUCUGAUAUGAUUAUGAGGGCAACAUGCAUUCCAGAGGUUUCUCGGGGAUCUCGAUGCUCUGGCCUUCUCCUACCAACCUUCUCUGGGCUCCUCCUGCUCUUGAAGAUCCUCAUGUAA